AUGAAGCCUCAGCCGCAGAGGGGCCAUAGCGCCGAUGCCGACACCCACGCGGUCAUUGUGGGCUUCCUCGGGCUGGGGGUCAAGGAGAAUUGGGAAGAAGCGCACGAGGCCGAGCCCGCGAAGAUCUCGCUUCCUAGAGAGAGGGGAGAGGAGCCGAAGGCUCAGUCCGAAACUGAGCAGGGAGCAGCCGCGGAGGGGAAAGAGGCAGGAUAUGAAGAAGGAGAAGAACAGGAAGGCGGCGCUGUGGGCGCGGGAGAUGCGGGCCCCCAGGAUGGGGAAAGCCGCGAGGCCAAGGCUGAGGCGGGCGCGGGCGGCGGCGAAGGCGGAGAGAAGGGCGGGGAGGAGCAGCGCCCGGGAGCCCCCGUCGAGGUUCAGGAGGCGGCAGACGGGCUCGGCCGAGUCCGCCAGCACACCUUCACUCUGGAGCAGCUGUGGGAGUUGGAGGGAGUUUUCCACCGCACUCCGUAUAUCGACGAAGCCAUGCAACAGGAGCUUGCAAGACGCAUGGGAGUGACUCAAGAUACAAUACAGGUGUGGUUUAAGCGUAGAAGGACCAACUGGAGGAAAUGUCGGAGAGCACUGAGGAUCAGAGAUGCGCCCGCUCUGCACCUGGCCCACCCUGUGGUCAGCAACUGGGGCGGACCCGGCAACACCACCCUCAUUCAGGAGCCGAAUUGGGUCUGGGUCCUUCUGGAGCCGAUGCCCCUGGAGCCGAUGCCCCUGGAGCCGAUGCCCCUGGAGCUGACGCCCAUGCCGCCCAUGCCCCCCAUGCUGGCCUUCCUGCCCAUGUCACCGUUACCCCCUCUGUUUCUGCCUCUGCCCUGGAUUCUACCACCCUCCAUUCACUCCGGCUGCCCUCACGUGGCCUUGCCUGGUCCCCUAUCACCGGUGGCCUUUCUGUAG